AUGCUCAAGCUAUGUACCUCCGAGCUGGGCAGAAGGAGACGAGCGGCUUGGGGAGCGUAUAAGAGCAUCGAGGAUGUAGUGAAGAAGACCAGGAACACCCCGCUCCGUGCUUACCUCUUCAGCACCACCGUUGUUUCUGCUUUGACCUAUGCUUCGGAAACCUGGACAUUUCGCAAGCAGGAAGAAAACGCGGUGAGCGUCAUAAAAUGCUCAAUCGAAAGAGUGAUGCUAGGAGUAUCCCGUUUCACGCAAGUGAGGGACGGGAUUCGAAGUUCUCUCCUACGUCAGCGAUCGAAGAUUAGAGACGCCGCCGCCAAGGAAAGUAAAAUAAGCUGGGCAGGACACGUGAUGCGCUUUAACGACAACCGUUGGACCAGAGCCGUGAGCGAGGUUCCCCGCGAUAUCAAGUGCACUACAGGAAGACCGCCGACCCAAUGGUGA